CUCUCCCUCUCUCCCGGUCGUGAAGAAUUCAGUCCAGCCCACGCGCCUUUCAAGUCUUGAUAUCCAGAAAGCAAUGGCCACAUCUACGCAAUCUCCACUCUCUCAGCAUUGGAAUUACUUUCUCAAUGGCGCCGAGCAAGCGUUCAACUGGCCAAAGACCUUUAUUCUCUUUUACUCGUCUUCGACCGUUCAAAAGUCAAUGUUUAAAGCCUUAUUCAUAAACGGCAUUAUAUUUUUAGGUGGCGUCCUGUUCCUAGAAAUCUUCUACAAUGCACCAGAACAUCGUAUAUUCGGCUGCUCUUAUGCGACUAUCACAGGAUUUCCACUGUAUUUUGGAACACUUGGCAUAAACGGCAAGUUUUUUACACCUAUAGCUGAAAAGGCUUUCCAACUCCAAGCCAAGAACAAUCCACGCACAACGCCUGGUUCUACAAACAUCGUACAAAGCAUGGCAUCCAUGAUCUACACUGUUAUUUUCUAUAUGAACUGUGGCGUCUUUGCUGGUCUCUUGCGCAGUAUGAUCCCGCAUGUCGGUACUUUGCUUGCAUUUCUUAUGAACUGUGCCAUCAUGUCUUAUUACUGCUUUGAAUACAAGUGGCUGUACAUGGGAUGGACAUUGGAACAACGCAUGACGUUUAUGGAGGAACACUGGGCUUACUUUUUGGGUUUCGGCACGCCAAUCACUGUGUUGACGUUCUUCCUGUCAACCUUACACUCCGGUGCUGUGUUUGCCAUCUUGUACCCGAGCUAUGUGAUCAUGGCUACCAUGGCAACACCCAAGCCAGCCACUCCUUACGGUCAGCCUUUGGCAUCCGGCAAAACCGUUCAUCCUGAAUUGUCUGCUCCCAACAAGAUCCCAUUAUUUUUCGGCGUUCGUAAAAUGAAUGAUUUGGUUAUUUUUUUGGCAAAGAUGGUGGGCGGUGUACAUGCCGAUUCAAUUGUCUCGGAAAAGCAGAAAAUGACAAAAAUGGAAUAAAGUGUCU